AGGCCUAUUAGUCAAACACUAUUAUAUUAAAAUAAAAAAAUAAUUCUGCUCUCUUUUGUUUCAAAACCAGUUUUGCAGACCAGAGUUUCAGUCUAACCAUUUUCUCUCUGUAUCUUCAAGCUUAAGUUUUAGCAAUAUAUAAUAUUUUAAUCUUUCGAGUUUUUUUUCUAGCAAUUAAGAACUAUAUAUCGGUAAGAUUUUGCUGUGUUCUUGAAAAUUUGAGAUGGAGAGGGAUUUCAUGGGAUUGUACACUAAAGAGCCUAGGGGUGAGGUGAAAGAAGAGGAUGCUAGGGGAUACAAAGAAUCUUCAGUACUCUUUAAAAAUUCACAAGUUCAAUGGCCAUUGACAAAUGCAUUCAACUCUAACAAGUGCCAGUCAGCUGAAAUUCAGAGAAACUCCAAUCAGAAUAGGGAAGGUGGAACUCUUUUUUCAAUGACAAAUUAUCCCAUUCAACAGAAUGCACCCCCGUUGCAUUUUCCUCCCCAUGACGUGAAGGCAUUCAUGAGCAUGAACCAAGGGAUUUCACUGUCCAUGAACAACUCUUUUUUUAAGACACAAUUUGCUGGUGCUGGUCUGAAUCUUGCAGCUGCUUCCACAAAGCCAAAUUAUCUUGGCGGGGUUCCGGUUACACCUCCUCAGUCAAAUCCUUCCUUUACUUCUCAGACAUCAACCAAGGAAGAAAGGUUCAAUCAGAUGACCUCUGGGACUCCUGCUCAGAUGACCAUAUUUUACGGGGGUACUGUUAGUGUCUUUGAUGAUAUUUCACCUGAAAAGGCGCAGGCUAUUAUGCUUUUGGCUGGCAAUGGCCCUUCUGCUACUUAUCAGCUUGCUCAACCAAAACAUCAAGUUUUGGCACCUACCCCUAAACAUGUGGCACAAGAAGCUUUUCGUCGACAACCUUUGCUUACACCACCAUGCUCUGCUCUCUCCAGCCCCAUGUCUGUUUCUUCACAUCCGAUGGGGCAGUCUUGUGGUGGCACUAUGAAUGAUGUACUAACUAAAAACAGUAGAGGUUCUACCACACCUGUUGACCAAGCUCCAAAGGCAGCAACCUCAGUUGUACAUGUUGCUGGCACCCCAAUGACCCAUUCAGUUUAUGCAGCUGUUCCACAAGCGCGCAAGGCAUCCUUGGCUCGUUUUCUAGAGAAGCGCAAAGAAAGGACGAUGAGUUCAGCACCUUACAACAACCUUAGCAAGAAAACUGAGGGGAGUAGCAGGAGUGCUACUCCAGGGUCCAGUGGUGUGUAAUCCGAGGGUUUUGGUUUUAGCGGUGCUCUGGGUUCUUCCUGGCAAGGACAGUAACAACUAGCCCUGCUAAUGUCAAAGGUGUUAAACAGGAAAGAGGCACUUACUACUUACUUCUAUAUAUGUAUGUAGCAGGCUCAUGCCAAGUCCUUAGAUUCUAUACUAGUAAUCUUUACUCAAGGAACGGUUAGUUUCAACCGAGAUUCUUAGGCCGUGUUGUGCAUUAACCUGGUUUGUAACAUUUCGACCUAAGAGUCGUUCUCUGCAUUUGGAAACUUUAUCUAAAUGCAUUUCUGGACGUAGUUUAAAUCUUCCCUUUGUAA